CCAACAACCCACAAUAUAUAAGCCCCCACACCUCAUCUCUUCACUCACAUUUCCUCACACCUCACUCUGCCUCUCAAAAGAAAAGCAAAAAACUCAUCUCAUCCACUGAAAAAGAAGAAGCGCGUGAAGAAAAACCCCCACGCGCCGACGAUGGGUUUCCCCGUAGGGUACCCGGAAGUGCUGGUCCCAAACCUCUUCCUCCACGCGCUCUCCCUCCUCGCCUGCCUCCGCUCCCUCGUCUUCUCCCUCUUCCGCCUGCUCCGCCUCUCCGACCUCCUCGACACCGACGCCGCCUGGCCCGAGCCCCCGCCCCCGCCCUCCCCGCCGCGCGCCCCCACGCUCUCCGCGCUCCUCAUCCGGGACCUCCUCCCCGUCGCGCCCUUCGCCGACCUCGCCGACGCCUCCCCUCCUCCGUCGUGCGCCGUGUGCUUUAACGAGUUCCGGGCGGAGGAGGAAAUCCGGUGCAUGGCGAACUGCAAGCACAUAUUCCACCGCGCGUGCGUGGACCGUUGGAUCGAUCACGAUCAGAAGACGUGUCCCCUCUGCCGAACGCCCUUCGUCCCGCAUCACAAGCUCGAUGAGUAUAACCACCGAUUAUGGGCCGCUUCUGGGGUUUCACACUUUUAUCACGAGGAUUACGCUGCUUCACUCUGAACUUUUUAUUUUUAUUUUUUUAAUUUAUAUUAUUAUUAUUAUUACUACUAUAUAUAUAUAAUACUACUACCUUUUAUUGUGGUGGGGGCUACAACUACAACUACAACGCUAGUGUAGUGAAAUGUAUAUACCUGAUCAAACAAGAAAAUUUUAAUUGUAUCAAUAAAAUUAAAGAAAGACAGAUUUUUGGCUUCGCAUCAA